UGGCCAGUGCGCAUGGGCGGACCUCCUCUGCUCCCACCGACCCCCUUCGAUUUCCGCUCUUGUCGCAAACGUCGCGAGGGCCGUUAGCGGAGUGUCAGUGAGUGCGCCGGCCCCGAAAUGUCUGAGGAACAAGGCUCCCGCGCCGGAGCGGUAGAGGAAGGAGAGGCGCCCCCGGGGACCCUCGCUGCUACUGUGCACUCGGUGAAACAGGCGGACGACGGCGAGGAGCCCGUGAAAGUGGAAGUGGCUGAUGGCUGCUCUGACGACCUCAGCUGUGGGGAGGCCGACAUAGACCCCAGCCUCCUAGAGCUUGCGGAUGACGAGGAGAAAUGCCGGAAGAUCCGCAAGCAGUACCGGCAGCUCAUCUAUAACGUCCAGCAGAACCGUGAUGACAUCGUGAACACUGCCAGCGACUCGUUAACCGAGGCUCUUGAAGAAGCCAAUGUCCUAUUUGAUGGAGUGAGCCGGACAAGAGAAGCAGCUCUCGAUGCCCAGUUUCUUGUUUUGGCUUCUGAUUUGGGUAAAGAAAAAGCAAAGCAACUAAACUCUGAUAUGAGCUUUUUUAAUCAAGUAGCGUUUUGUGACUUUCUGUUUAUAUUUGUGGGUCUGAACUGGAUGGAAGAUGAUGAACCUGGUGAACUGAGUGGCUGUGAUGAUAAUAUAGCUCUUUCCUUCUGGGAGACAGUACAGAAGGAAGCAACAUCCUGGAUAUUGCAAGCUGAAACAUUUCACUUUAUUUUCGGUUCAUUCAAGUCCAAACCUUCUGCACCAAAGCCCCGACUUGAACACCACAAAAAAGCUCACAAAGUAGAAGAAAGUGGGGAUAUGCCUACAAAGCUGAGGAAGUUGGACCUGAGUAACAAUCAAGAAGCAACAGAAAAAGAAGUAGAGAGAAUCUUGGGAUUGUUGCAAACGUACUUUCGAAAGUAUCCUGAUACUCCUGUGUCCUAUUUUGAGUUUGUGAUUGAUCCAAACUCUUUUUCUCGUACUGUGGAGAAUAUAUUUUAUGUUUCUUUCAUUAUAAGGGAUGGUUUUGCGAGAAUAAGGCUUGACCAAGACAGGCUGCCAAUAUUAGAGCCGAUUAAUAUUAACCAAGUGGAUGAGGGAAAUGAUCCCAGUUCUCAUGGCAGGAAACAAGGAGUUAUAUCUUUAAGUUUACAGGACUGGAAAAAUAUUGUGGCAACUUUUGAAAUUUCAGAGGCUAUGAUCACAAACUCAUACUAGGGAUUUUUGUUCUUAGUAUAGGCUGCAUUAUCUGGCUUUCCUAAUGUACUCAAAAUGGAGAGUAAAAUCCAAGCAGAAGCACAUACUGUAUUUCAUGUAGAAUGAAAAAGUGUUUUCAGAAACACCAGAAAUUGUUUUACUGUGCAGUGUAUUUUUUUUGGUACUUUAUAAGGUUGUCAUGAUCUUCUGUUAUUAAAAAAUAUUCACUUGCAUGUUUGCAAGAUUUUUUGAAUGCCCUUUAAGUCUUUAUCAAUAAAAAUCAGUUCUGAAUUUCAUAAGUUAAAAGGCAUUUGAUAAUUUACCAAAAAUAUCAAUUUUAUGAUGCUCUAUGAUACUGCCUUGCUUCCUCCGUUAGAGGGAACAAAAAGAAUCCCAUAUGGGGUUCCUGACAAGGUUAGGGGAAGCUGUAAAAAAAAAAAAAAAAGGAAAAAAGUUCAAGGAAGACUUUAUCCUUAGGGCAGUG